UCUCUCUCUCUCUCUCUCUACCCCAGCAGUCAAAUCCCAUCAAUGGAAGGCAUCCGCGAAGCGGCGUUGGUGCACUUCGACAACGCAUCGCCCUUGGAAAGGGACCGCAUGGUUGCGAUGUUCCUCAGCAUGGACACGGACGAGGAUGGACGGAUAUCGAAGACAGAGUUUCAAGAACUCAUGAACAAGUACAUGCCCACGAACGAGAUAUCGUGGCUCUUCAACGAGCUCGACCAGGAUGGGAGCGGGUCACUUGAGUUUGGCGAGUUCAAAACAUACUACUACGCCAUCAUUAGUAGGCCAGUAUGUGAUUGUUGCAAGGAAUUAGUCGCAGGCUUGUAUUAUUGCUGUGUUAGGUGCUGGGAAAUGCACCUCAGCGAUGUCCAUGAUCUCUUCCAGCCGUUCCAGGUGUGCGUUCAAUGCUUCUUGAGUAAAUUGUUCCAGCACGACCACACCGAGUUCUUGGACCAUCACGUGCUCUUUCGAUCCAAGGAGAUAUCGGCACUGACGAGAGAGAAGAAAGUGAAAGAGAAUCUGGAGAUGGAGGCCGCACUCAAAGCUGGCCGUUCAUAUUACCUGGCCCUUUCGGAGACUGGAAAGAAUGUCGCAUACAACUUGUUUGCAGAAAUGGACGUAGACGGCGACGGCAAGGUGAGUGUGAAUGAGCUUAUCAGCUUCCUAACUGAUGAGGAGACGCAAUUGGACAACGCAUGUAAGGUGAUCCAAGGCAUGGACCUUUCUGGGGACCGUUACCUUAGCAUCGAGGACGUUGGGGCCUUGAUGUACAUCUCCUUGAUGCGGCCAUGUUGUGACAGGUGUAAGGCCAGGAUCAUGGGCACGUACUACAGCUGCGUUGUGUGCCACAACAUGUCGACGAAUGGAGCCGAUAAUGAUACAUAUGACCUUUGCCCCGAGUGUUACUGUAGCGGGGAGUUUCAGCAUGAGCAUGACCUCUUCUUGGAUAAUUUCGCCUUGCUUCGUGUCAAAAACGAGCUGCCAGGGCAAGGAUCGGUCUCGAGUUCCAACGGAGGAGGGCAAGGGGCGGCCGCAAGUUCCAGCGGAGGAGGGCAAGAGAUGGCCGCGAGUUCCAGUGGAGGAGGGCAAAAGACGGCCAGAAGUUCCAGUGCUGGAGGGCAAGAGACGGCCACGAGUUGCAGUGGUGGAGGGCAAGGGACGGGUAAGGAGGAGGAAGGCACGAAGAACUUGUCCAAGCGUGAGAUGCUGGAAAUAAUGGCUCAUGCUGCUACUGUAACUGGUGUUACUCUACAUGUCGCUGCAGGCUCACUCUGUAGCAUCAUGUAAACCCAUGGCUAUUUGACUAGAUGGUAAUCCAUGGCAGCAUCUAUACAAUAUCAGCUUGGCUAGAUCUUAUCAUCGUUGGAUUGUUCUUCACAUUCAAAUUAUGUAAUUUAGCAUGGUGAUUUUGGAUUUUGGAUUGUUCAUUUUGAAAUAUAUGUUAAGAUUCCCGCCCAUCAUUGCCAGAAGGGUUCAUAUAAAUGCUGAUAUUUAUUCUUGA